CAACAUGGCGUCUCCCCUCGAACUGAACUGCUGGGGUGGCGGUUGGGGAUUGCCGUCCGUGCACGCGGAGUGCCUCGUUGUCAUGGCAUAUGGGAGGUUUUCUGGUGCACCAUUGAAAAUGAAUAUUAUAGAUAAUUCAUGGAGAGCACUAAGAGGGAGUGUACCAUUAUUGCUAUCGGAUGACGUUGUUAUUUCUCAGCCAGCAAAAAUACUAAACUUCUUAAGAAAACAGAAAUACAAUGCUGAUUAUGAACUGUCUGCCAAAGAAGGCGCUGACACGCUGGCCUACAUUGCCCUGCUUGAAGAAAAGCUACAUCCUGCUUUGCUGCACACUUUCUGGGUGGAAGCUGAUAAUUACUACACUGUGACAAAACCAUGGUUUGGUUCAAGGAUUCCAUUUCCCCUGAAUUGGUACCUGCCUGGGAAGAUGUCUCGGGAAGCGCUUAACAGGAUUUUUGUGACAAAAGGCGGACCUCCGCUCUGCAGUCUUACUGAAAUAGAAGCGCAGAUAUACAGAGAUGCUAAGGAGUGUUUGAAUCUUCUUUCAAGCAGACUGGGGACAUUGCCAUUUUUCUUUGGAAAUAUGCCUACAACUCUGGAUGCAUUUGUGUUUGGUUUCCUUGCUCCUCUUUAUAAAGUGCAGUUCCCAAAAGUCCAGUUACAAGAUCAUUUGAAGCAGCUUCCCAAUUUAUGUCGUUUCUGUGAUGACAUCCUAAGUUGCUACUUUAGACUAAACGUAACAGGUAUCUCUCCAGCUGGUCAAGACCCUGUUGAUGCAAAUCUGCAGAAACUCAUACAACUUGUAAACAAAGAAUCCAACUUAAUUGAAAAGAUGGAUGAUAAUCUUCGAAAGAGUCCUCAGCACCCUCCACGGAAACUGACAACUCUCAAACUUUCUACAACUGGGGAAGGAAGCAACUCAGUGAAUCGCUUGUCACCCUGAGAGUUUUCGUGGUUGUGUGUGUGCUCUGAUGUCAGUCUGUCGUUGAUCUUCAAGCUAAUUCUGCGUGGAUAUGAAGUUACAGAGAAAGCUGAGAUGGUCAACAAUUGCAAAUGCAAUCGUAUAAUCAAUGCACGGUGUUUAUAUAAGGAACAGAGAAAGUCUGUAUUGACUACAAGCAGAAUCAUUAAGCAAUGUAUGGUACCAUAUGAAGCCGCCUUAAAUGCUGCAUAAUGCUUGCCUUCCAGAGUCAGCAUACUUCUUGACCAAAAGCUAGGAUUCCACUCAUCACAAUAAGCAAAUGCAACAUCCUCUUCUGCUAAUUAGGCUUUCUAUUUUACUGCAUUCAUGUUAUGUCUUAACUAGGCUGUUGUAUGUGUGAAGUGGCUGGUUGGUCACACCAUUUUUUUCACUUUGUAUAAAUAGUUCAAACACACUGUUGUCCUUUAUGGCAGGAUGUACUGAGAUGCAGUUGCUAUUUUUAAUAUGCUAUAGCAAACAAUGAUUAGGAGAGAGAGGAAGAGAGAGCAUGGUUAUUUUAAAGUGAAUUCAGAUUUUUAAAUGAACUGCAAUUUAGCGCUUGAUAUUAGAACUUUUAUUUAGAUGCAGUCUCGGCCAGGAAUGAGAGCAUAUCCCAUCAAAUUUGUAGCACACAGAUUUACAACACUAGUUCAGUGCAGGUAAGAAGGCAGACUUGCCACUCUGUUGCCAGCUAAGAUAGAAUAUAUAUAUAUAUUCCCCCUGCUUACUUCUAGAACUUUCAAGUUCACGCAGUAACAAAACUCAGCCCGAUCCCACCCCCCGUCAGUGAGCUCCAAAAUUUGUUUUAAGUUGUAACUUGGUGGCUUAAAAGGCUGCUGACCUGACAUAAAGUACUGUGGUGGAUGUUCUAUGCACCCAGAGCUCCCAUUCAUAUUGGUGAAAUGCACAAUGUGUAGCAGCCAUUCCAGGGAAGAAAUACAUACUCUGUGCUUGGAGGUGUCUGCAUGCAUAGCGAACUCUGAGUCAGGUUGAUUGUGUAACAUAUAUUUAUAAUAAUAAUCAAGAUGGUAAUGAAUGGAGUGCCUUUCAUUUUAGCAUUAGCCAUGUCCAUGUCUCUUAUUAUAAAUACAAUAUAGUCUGCUUUUUUUAGACGGACUCCUCUAAAAUCCAAUCAUGUUCUUAAAAAUAUUGUUCUGAAUUACCAAUAUAUCAUUAACCAUUUUCAAAAAAGUGCUCAGCCAAAUGACAGCUGCUCUUAAUCGAUCAUUUCAUAGCUGACCCUAAAGAAAUAAGUUUCCAUACCAUCAAAUAUAGCUUUCCUCAACUGACUUUAUUUUGCAAAGUCAAAGAAAGCUGACUUUUCCUCCCCUGUAAAUCACUUUCAGUGUUCUGUAUGUGAAGAGAAAUAGCUGUACAAACAAGCCUGUAAAUCAUGUACAUAAACAUACUUACAGAAUAUUACUUUAUAAAACAAGAUUUGUAAAAAUCGUUCAUGGAUCUUAUUAUUUAUAACAAUUUUGAAUGUCUAAUAAGAAUAAAUUUUAAGUUUCAUGUUACUUCUAAGUUUAAUUCCUUUGGUUAUUUGAAAUGUACGGACACUACACAUACAAUAAUAGUAAUUGUAGGGAUAUACAUUAGA